AUGGAAUUAGUAUAUUUGAAACAGAAGUCAUCUUCCGAUUCAUCUGAAAAACCAACAAAAAAUAUUGUAGUUAAUCCGGAAAAUCAAACAGAAUCAAACAGUGAUUCAACCAAUACAAUAUUAGAAAAUAAAGGUGAAAAAAAUUUUGAGCAACUUGAGACGCAUACUAUUAUUGUACCUGCGAUCAGUAUUUCCAAUAAAGUACAAUCAUGUUGGCCAUCCCAUGAAACAUCAUUUCAAAAAAUUACGGAAGAAAGAAAAUGGCACUUAUCUUCAGGAAGAAAAGUUGAAGACAUACUUUAUGCACACACAUUAAAAUUGGAAUAUGAGCAACCGGCUCAUUCUUUUAUUAUUGAUACAUCAGAUGAUAACAUAAAGAAUUUAUUUACGAAAGAAGAAUGGAACGAAAUUAUGAACAGUAAUAAAAAAACUGUUCCAGGUAUUGAUAAGAAUCUGGCACGACAUUUGCUUAAUUAUAAAAAAAAAACACUUUCAGAAAUGCGAGCGCAUGUGUUUACUUAUUUGCUGGAUGAAUAUGAGUCACCAAAGAAUCGAUUAACGCAAUCACAUGCAGAGGGAUGGUAUGCAAUCAAUAUUUGGAGCAUAUUGAUUGACAAGGCAUUCUUAAAUAUUCCUAGUAUAGAACUUGUUCGUGGUGAUACAUGUAGUAUUGCAUCGAGUAACCGAAAGAAUGAUAACGAAAUACAUGUAUAUAGAAUAAAAGGUCAGGGAAAAGCACUUGGACGUCGAAUUGAUGAUAUUUUUCAAAAUACUGUUAAUGAUUAUGAAUACGGGGGAAUUGAAGUUGCAAAAACAUGUCAAGUCAAAAAAAUUGAAAUCGUUGGCUUGUUACAUUCACGUCUUCAGUUACAACAACUUCUAAUGGAUUAUGGAGGUGGUUCGUGUUUGCGCCUUAGAAAAGAAGCUACAAGAAAUAUUCCUUUGCAUCUUGAUGAUGUAAUGGAGCUUAUUAUUCUUAUUACAAAUAUUCUUAAAGCAAAGUUACGGAUCAAACGUUGCAUUGAAGCAUUAAAAAAUGAGCCUGAGGAUGAAUCUUUUUUACAAGAAAUUACACAACCUCUCUCGUGUCCUUCUACUCCACCUGGAAUUAUACAACUUGCUAAACCCAUAAUUACACCAGAAAAGAAAAAAAUACCAACAGUCAGGAAUGGUGUAAUAAGAGAUGAAGAAAUAUCGGUAAAUAUCUUUUAA